AUGCUGCAUUCAAUCAUUCGUACCAUCACAAAAAUUAAGCAUUGAGAGUUUGGAGAGAAAUGGAAGUUGGUGGGGUUGAAGAGAGCAAUGCGAGAUUGGUGGAAAGUGGAAGCAAUGAAGGGAGUAGUAUUGAGUCAAGAUGGGUUGAUGGCAGUGAAGUGGAUACUAUGGAGGUUCCUGCAUGGUCAAAUGAGGGUAGAGAAGGGUAUGGAUCAGUGAGGAGGAGGCUUUUGAAGGGUCCCAAGAGAUUGAAUUCUUUGGAUGUUGAAGUCAUGGCCAUCGCUAAGAGUCAAGAUCAACACUCCAAGGAUGCUUCACUUUGGCCCACUCUUGCAUUAGCAUUUCAGACUCUUGGCGUGGUAUAUGGGGACAUGGGAACAAGUCCUCUCUAUGUUUUUGCAGAUGUCUUUAGCAAGGUUCCGAUCGAGUCGGACGUUGAUGUCUUGGGGGCCUUAUCACUAGUAAUGUACACAAUAGCACUUAUUCCAUUGGCAAAGUAUGUUUUUGUUGUUCUCAAAGCAAAUGACAAUGGAGAAGGAGGAACGUUUGCGCUAUACUCCUUGAUCUGCAGAUAUGCAAAUGUGAAUAUGCUUCCGAAUCGUCAACCAGCCGAUGAACAUAUCUCUAGUUUUAGGCUCAAACUCCCCACUCCAGAAAUGAAAAGGGCUUUAAACAUAAAGGACACUUUGGAGAAGAGCUCAUCUUUGAAAACCUUUUUGUUAUUGUUGGUUCUGCUGGGAACUUCCAUGAUUAUUGGAGAUGGUAUUCUAACCCCAGCAAUAUCAGUGAUGUCUGCCAUAAGUGGGCUGCAAGGUGAAAUACAUGGGUUUGGUACAAAUUCAGUGGUUCUUGUUUCAAUAGUAGUCCUGGUAGCUUUGUUCAGCAUACAGCGGUUCGGAACCAGCAAAGUUGGCUUCAUGUUUGCACCUAUACUUGCUUUAUGGUUCUUUUGUCUUGGUUCUAUUGGAAUCUAUAAUAUAGUUAAGCAUGAUAUUAUGGUUCUGAGAGCAAUUAAUCCGGCUUUUAUUUUUUACUUCUUUAAGAAGAAUGGCAAAAAGGCAUGGUCAGCUCUUGGUGGUUGUGUUCUUUGUAUUACAGGCGCAGAAGCAAUGUUUGCUGAUCUUGGUCAUUUUUCGGUACGAGCGAUACAGAUUGCCUUUACUUGUGUGGUAUUUCCAUGUCUCCUCCUUGCUUAUAUGGGCCAAGCUGCCUUUUUGCUGAAGAACCCUACAUCAUAUGCAAGAGUAUUUUAUGACUCUGUUCCAGGAAGACUUUUCUGGCCAGUGUUUGUGAUAGCCACACUUGCAGCUAUGAUAGCCAGCCAAGCAAUGAUAUCGGCGACAUUUUCAUGCGUAAAGCAAUCUAUGGCUUUGGGGUGCUUUCCUCGGCUCAAGAUAAUUCACACCUCGAGAAAGUUCAUGGGUCAAAUUUACAUCCCUGUAAUUAACUGGUUUCUGAUGGUCAUGUGCAUAGUUGUUGUCUCUAUCUUCCAAAGCACUACUGAUAUUGCAAAUGCUUAUGGCAUUGCUGAAGUUGGUGUGAUGAUAGUUAGCACAACCUUGGUGACACUAGUAAUGCUUCUAAUUUGGCAAACUAACUUGUUUUGGGCAAUUUGUUUCCCAAUUGCAUUUGGAUCGGUGGAGCUCAUUUACAUGUCGUCCGUCCUAUCGAAAAUCUUCGAGGGUGGCUGGCUUCCACUCGCCUUCGCCACCUUUUUCCUCUCCGUGAUGUACACUUGGAACUACGGGAGCGUGUUGAAGUAUAGAAGUGAAGUCCAGGAGAAAAUUUCCUUAGACUUGAUGCUUGAACUUGGAUCAAAUCUUGGAACGGUAAGAGUGCCGGGAAUUGGAUUGCUAUAUAAUGAGCUUGUCCAAGGCAUUCCUUCAGUUUUUUUGCAGUUCUUGCUGAGUCUUCCGGCCCUUCACUCGACCAUAGUUUUCGUCUGCAUUAAACAUGUUCCUAUCCCGGUUGUACCUCAAGAGGAAAGGUUUCUAUUCCGAAGAGUUUGUCCGAAAGAUUACCAUAUGUUUCGCUGCGUCGCGAGGUAUGGCUAUAAAGAUGUAAGGAAGGAAGAUCACCAUGCAUUCGAGCAACUUCUCAUCGAAAGUCUGGAGAAAUUCUUGAGAAAAGAGGCUCAAGAAACUGCCAUGGAAAGUAGUAACUUAACUGAGGAGGACAUGGACAAUGCAUUGGUGAAAUCCAAGGAUUCUGAUAACAAUAAUGUAGCUGAGGAGCUAAGGAUUCCAUUGAUGCAUGGCCAGAAUAGUUCCGAAGAAACUGGAACUUCAAUCACCGAGGAAGCCCCGACAAGUUACAUGUCAUUAGAUGAAGAUAAUGGUAUUGAAUAUGAGGUUUUGGCACUUAGAGAAGCAACUGCAUCAGGGUGCACGUAUCUUCUUGGACAUGGUGAUGUGAGGGCCAAGAAGAACUCCUUGUUCUUCAAGAAAUUGGUGAUUAAUUACUUCUAUGCAUUCCUUAGAAACAAUUGCAGAGGAGGCACUGCAAAUAUGAGAGUGCCUCAUACAAAUAUCAUUCAAGUUGGGAUGACAUAUAUGGUCUAAUUGCCCCCUUAAUUACUUAUUUAUCAUACUUUACUUAUGCAACCUCAAUUUGGUUAUCAAUGAUUGGUGCAAUUUAUCUUCAGAAUUCA